AUGGAGAAUAUUGAGUACGAAAUGGGUUUAUCAAGCGAAUUCUACGAAAAUAAUGAUUUGUACACUAAGUUGGUUAUUCAGGAUCAUUCUGCUGAUGGUUAUAGGGUAUUUGAUUCUCUGGACGAAUUCUGGGAAUUCAAUGAUAGCGUCCCCUUACACUCACGCUGUUUCUCCGAAGUAGUCUUUGCAGACGCACCCCAAGCUCCCAUAGUACACGUGGGGCUUUCUUCCCGUAAUAAGAUGCCUACGAGAAAAAUCGUUGAUAUUAUCCGCUCAGUCAUUACUAUCAUGUUGGAAGUAUUUAAAGCUCCGAACAGUUCCAUGAUCGUACAAGGACGAGCCAUAGCUCGUUGGAAUCCUCUCAUCGAGACGCGUCGAAUGGUGGUAAAAUCAAGUCUCUAG